UCUCUCUCUCUCUCUCUCUCUUUCCUGGAUCUACGCUACAGGUACGUACUCUCCUCCCAGCGAUAUCCAGUAGCUUGGAUCCUCUUCUAAACCAUCUUUUCUCUUGGACGCCCUUUAUAGAAAAACUUCAUAUCAUCAUGGUCAGCGUCAAGUUGCAAAAGGAAGAAAACCGCAAGGCUUUCCUCGAUAUUUUUCCCACUUUGGCCGAGGAAGUCCUUGCCGAGUUGCGCAAGUACAACAUGCCCCAAGAUGCUUAUGAAUGGACCAAGGAGAUGUUGUUCUACAAUGUGCCUGGAGGCAAAUUGAACCGCGGUCUUUCUGUUGUCGACACCAUCCGUAUCUUGAAGGGUGAUGCUGUCACCGAGGAUGAUAUUUUCAAGGCUUCUGUCCUUGGUUGGCUUGUGGAACUCCUCCAAGCCUUCUUCCUCGUUUCAGAUGAUAUCAUGGAUAGUUCUAUCACCCGUCGUGGCCAGCCUUGCUGGUACCGCAAGGAUGGUGUUGGUAUGGUUGCCAUCAACGAUGCUUUCAUUUUGGAAUCGUGCAUCUACGUCUUUUUGAAAAAGUAUUUCAAGAGCACUGACUACUACGUCGAUUUGCUCGAGUUGUUCCAUGAGGUCACUUUCCAAACUGAAUUGGGCCAAUUAUGUGAUUUGAUCACUGCUCCCGAAGAUAACGUUGACUUGAGCAAGUUCUCGGUUCAAAAGCACCAUUUCAUUGUUGUUUACAAGACCGCUUACUACUCGUUUUACCUCCCUGUGGCAAUGGCCAUGCAUAUGGCUGGUAUCAAGAACGAGUCUGCAUACAAGGCCGCUGAAGAAAUCUUGAUUCCUCUUGGCGAAUACUUCCAGGUCCAAGAUGAUUAUCUCGACUGCUAUGGUGAGCCCGAAUUCAUCGGCAAGAUCGGUACGGAUAUCCAAGACAACAAGUGCAGCUGGUUGAUCAACCAAGCCCUGGCCAAGGCAAAUGCUGACCAACGCAAGGUGCUUGAUGAGAACUAUGGCAAGAAGGACAAGGCUGCUGAGACCAAGAUCAAGGAACUCUAUGUCGAAAUGGACAUUGAGGGCACUUACAAGGCAUACGAAGAAAAGUCGUAUCAGGAAAUCUCGGGUAUGAUCAGCAAGUUGGAUGAGUCGCUUGGUCUCAAGAAGGCCGUCUUUACCGAAUUCAUGGACAAGAUCUACAGACGCACCAAGUAAAAUGAAAACCAUUCAUCUAUCAAUAGCAAGGAUAGCAACUUACUACUACUACUGCAACAACAUAUCAAAGCAAUCUAUACAAUCCCCUCCCACACACACACACACGGAUAUACAAAAGCCCUUCUUUAAUCUAUAUAGCUUUUUCUUAUAUAAAGUUUCCUUCUUUCUACUAUUUUCCUCCUAGCAUUUUCUUAAUCUCUAUACAAACAAAAAGAAUACUAUCUGCUUUUUUGGCCAAUAAACGAAAAACAUCCUCGUAUGGUGGCUACUCUUUUUUGCCACGAAUCUCUCCUCGCAUUCUAUAGAAUGUGGCUAACUGUCACUCUGUCACUUUAACCCCAUAGCGUCUGCC